AUGUUUAGCAAACUUUCAUUUGACUGCGAUGCACCACAAAAGGCUAUUGAUCGACUUAAAGCACAAACUGAUGAAGAACGAUCUCAAUUUAUUAUUGAUAUUUUUGUGAAAUAUUUUGGUGAUGGUAUUAAGACCAAUCCAACAGCAUUUCGUGGUCGAUUUCGAAAAAUGGCCGCUACAGCAUUUAAUUUCUAUCGUGGAUCAGCUUUAUUAUUUUAUCAAGAUUUAAAAGUUGAUCAAGAUCCAUGGAUUCAUGGUCAUAUAGCAGCUGGAAAUAUUUUUAUUCAUGGUGAUUUACAUGCUGAAAAUUUUGGAACAUAUUUAGAUAAUCAUGGUAUUUUAAAUUUUGAUGUUAAUGAUUUUGAUGAAGGUUAUUGUGGACCAUUUACAUGGGAUGUUAAACGUCUUUUAGCAUCAUUAAAUUUAGUUGCACAUAGUAAAGGUUGUUCAGAUAAAGAAAUCGAACAAAUUUUACGAGUUUGUGUUGAAUCAUAUUUAAAACAAGUUGAUGAAUUUUGUAAACAUCCAAUCAAUACUUUUUCAUUAACAUUAAAAAAUACAACGGGUAAAAUAAAAAAAAUUCUCAAUGAAACUCGAGUUAAAUCUCAUGUUGAACAUAUAAAUGCAAUGACUGUAAUUGAAGAUUAUGAUCGACGAUUUAUUCGAUCAAAAAAUAUCAAAGAUGUUGAUGAAGUUUUACGAGCGGAUAUUUUAAAAGCAUUUGAAGGUUACUUAAAAACAAUUCCAGAAUCUAAAAAACAAGGUGAUAAAAGCCCAGAAAAUUUUAAUUAUAAUAUUAAAGAUAUUGUUGCACGUUCAUCACCUGGUAUUGGUUCAGCUGGAAAAAUAUCCUAUUCAAUUUUAGUUGAAGGUCCAACAGAAACACUUGAAAAUGAUAUUGUUCUUUAUAUGAAACCUGCACAAAAAUCAGCUAUUAGUUAUGUUGUUCAAAAUGCUGAAUUAGAAGAACUUUUUAAACAUGAUGGUUUAAGAACUGUUCUUUGUUCUUAUGCAAUGCAAGCAUCAACACCACAAUGGUUAGGUUAUACAUCACUUGGAUCAGUUCCAUGUUUAGUUGAUGAAGUUACAGCUCAUUCAGAAGAUUUAGAUUGGGAUGAUAUUAAUGAUAUAAAUGAUAUGAUUGAAGUCGUUACAUAUUUAGGACAAGCGACAGCUAAAAUUCAUUGUGUAGCUGAUUCGGAUUGUGUUAAUACACCAGGUGAUGUUGCUUGUUUACCAUUUUCAAUUAUUCCACAACAUACAGAAAAAACAAUUCGUGAAGCUAUUCAAGAUCGUGAUGAAGAAUUUAUUAAUUAUAUGGUUGAAUUUGGCAUGGUAUAUGGAAGACAAGUUCGUCGAGAUCAUCAUUUAUUCUUCGAAGCAUUUCGUAACAAACUUAUUCCGGGACUUGAAUAA